GCUCGACUGCUGAGGUUGAGGUUUUUGACAAUGUCGCGCCCGCGGAGAGCCACCGGGUUUGACCCUCGUGCUGGAUUCCACCGGGAGGGCAAGGACAGCGGCCCCUCAGUCCCUCAGGGCCUGCUGAAGGCGGCGCGGAGCAGCGGGCAGCUCAACCUGGCGGGAAGGAACCUCGGGGAAGUCCCUCAAUGUGUUUGGAGAAUAAAUGUGGACGUUCCUGAGGAGGCUAAUCAGAAUCUUUCAUUCAGUUCUACUGAACGAUGGUGGGAGCAGACAGAUCUGACCAAACUCAUCAUUUCCAGCAAUAAGCUUCAGUCUCUCUCUGAUGACCUCCGACUCUUGCCUGCCCUCACUGUCCUGGAUAUACAUGAUAACCAGCUGACAUCUCUUCCUUCAGCUAUAAGAGAACUGGACAAUCUUCAGAAACUUAAUGUCAGCCAUAACAGACUGAACAUGCUUCCAGAAGAAAUUACAAGUUUAAAAAACCUGAAGGUGCUGCACCUCCAGCACAAUGAGCUGACUGGCAUACCUGAAGGCUUUGAGCGCCUUUCUGGUUUAGAAGAUUUAGAUCUUUCAAAUAAUCGUCUUGCAACUGUGCCUGCUGGUUUUGCUUUGCUGUCCAGUCUGCUGCGACUCAAUCUUUCCAGUAACCAGCUGAAGAGUUUGCCAGCAGAAAUAAGCAGAAUGCAAAGAUUAAAGCAUUUGGAUUGUGACUCCAAUCUCCUGGAGACUGUGCCUCCUGAUGUGGGCAGCAUGGAAUCACUGGAAUUGCUUUAUUUGCGGAGAAAUAAAUUACGUGUUUUACCUGAAUUUCCUUCCUCUAGGCAACUAAAGGAGCUGCACCUAGGUGAAAACCAGAUCGAAACGCUAGGGGCAGAGCAUCUUCAGCAGUUGCAGGCCAUCCUUGUGCUGGACCUGAGGGGCAACAAGCUGCGGUCUGUUCCUGAGGAAAUGGCCCUGCUGCAGUCUUUGGAAAGGCUCGACUUGAGCAACAAUGACAUUAGUAGUCUGCCCUGCUCUUUGGGAAACCUUCAUUUGAAAUUCCUGGCACUAGAAGGAAAUCCUCUAAGAACCAUUCGAAGAGAAAUUAUAGCUAAAGGAACUCAAGAAGUCCUAAAAUACCUGCGAAGCAAGAUCAAAGAUGAUGGGACCAGUCAAAAUGAUUCUGUUCCUGAGACUGCCAUGACGCUACCAAGUGAAUCCAGAGUCAACAUCCAUGCUAUAGUCACUCUAAAGCUGCUAGACUACAGUGAUAAACAAGCAACCUUGAUUCCUGAUGACGUAUUUGAUGCCGCAAAAAGCAAUACCAUCAUUUCUGUCAACUUCAGUAAGAAUCAGCUGUGUGAGAUUCCAAAAAGGAUUAUUGAGCUGAAAGAGAUGGUAUCAGAUGUCAACCUCAGUUUUAACAAGCUUUCCUUUAUAUCCCAGGAAUUUUGCUUGCUUCAGAAAUUGACAUUUUUAGAUUUAAGGAAUAAUUUUUUAAAUUCUUUGCCCGAAGAGAUGUCAUCACUGACAAAACUGCAAACAAUCAAUCUUUCUUUUAACAGAUUCAAAGUGCUGCCUGCAGUUCUGUAUCACAUUCCCACAUUAGAAGCAGUUCUCAUCAGCAACAAUCAGGUUGGCUCCGUGGACCCUCAGAAGGUGAAACUGAUGGAAAACCUGAGCACUCUGGACCUUCAGAACAAUGACCUCCUGCAGGUUCCCCCAGAGCUCGGAAACUGUGUGCAGCUACGAAGCUUAGUUAAGUGUUUACAAGAAUCCCCAAGUAACAUGGGCAUACUUGAAGAAAUGUAAAUGAGCCUUAUAAUAACACUACUGCUAGAUGGAAAUCCAUUCCGAGUUCCUCGAGCGGCCAUAUUAAUGAAGGGCACAGCUGCUGUGCUGGAGUAUUUGAGAGACAGAAUUCCUGCCUGAGGAUAGCUGACAUCUUAUUCUGGUGGUCAUUCUGGAUAGAAGAGAGUCAGCCUCCAGCGACUGCUGUGUUCCCGGUGUCACUGUAUUCACUCUCACUAAAUGUUUACAGUUUGUGAAGUUUUUCAAACUCAUCCCUUGUGACAUUGAAAUAACUUUUUAUUUCAUGGGAUUUAAUAUUUCAUAAUAAUAAGGCAGCCAUCUAUUUAGAUCUGGAUUCCUCCCGGUUACUUUUUAUUUUCCAAAUAAUGUGAACUGAGCAAGACUGUAUUACGUGUAAGCCAGCAAAUUUUACUAAAGUAUUAUUCUUUGGCAUUUAAAAGAAAAUCAGACUUUUCAUUCCCCAGGUUAGGACUUGCUGUGUGGUCAGUGUCAAUGCAUGUUUAUGUGUAGGAUUUUGGCUUUUAAUUUUUUUAAACUUCUACAUGUGUGGGCAUCCUUUAUUCCGGCCUGGUACUUCUUAUUUCCAACAACAUGGUUCCCAAAUCUGCUUACAGCCUGAUUAAAGCUAGACUGUCAGUUUUACAGUGAUUUUUCUAAAAGGGAAUUAGUUAUAUACAAGCUUGAUUUAAUAAAAACCAAAUAUAAACAUUGUUGUUUACACUGAAAUUAUCAAAAGCAGGUUUAUGAGCUCUUCUGGCUCACCAUAUGAUUGUGUCAAGAAGCCAGUUCAGAAGUAACGUGUGUCGGGGCGGAGGUAGACAACUUACAGGUGGUUGAGGUUGUUGAUGUUAGGAAAAGUCGGUGCUAAUCAAGAUACAUGCUUCAUGUCCAUAAUAAAAGUUACGUUUUUAAGAUAUCA